GAAGGUCAAUCUCUCCAAGAAAUAUUAAAUUUCAUUAAAACAUAUGAUAAUGCCAUUAAUGGUACGCAAGACCUAUUGAUCGAGGUUUUACAACAAAGAAAAGCGAGUCUAACAACUGAAAAUGAACGGUUAAGAAAAUUAAAUGGAGGCUCCGUUGAUCAACUUUGUCAUGAAAUUGUUACCUCAAUUGCGCAAAUAAAUGAACUAAAAGGUAAUAUUGUCGCAUUAGGAAAUCAAAUCGAAACAAAAAAUUCGGAAAUUACAAGUUUAAAAGAUCAAAUAUAUAGAAUGACACAAGAAAAUUGCAAUUUUAGAGAAACCUUGGGGAAGCUUAAAUCUCAAGCAACCGACCUUUUUAAAGAUUUGUAA